UCAACGUCCCCCAGCCAGUGAAGAAGCCAUGCUUAUCUGCUCACCUCAUGGCUGUGCUGCAGGGACUAUCACCCCCCUCCAGUCCAAGCUGGUGUUUGUUCUGGCCCUGGCUGUCCUUUUCUGCCCCUUUGGCCAGGUGACAUGUAAGGGGGAAGGUCAGACACAGUCCCCUGCCCAGGUGCUGCAGGACCUGCUGUCCCGCUAUGGGGACAACAGCACCAUCACGGUGCCCCAGCUGCGCUCCCUGCUGGCCCUGCUCAGCCAGGGUCAGGCUGAAGAGGACAACAUCAGCAGCAAUGUGCCCGAGAUACCUAAAACAACCACGCCCCCCAAAACCAACAGCUCCAAGUGCUUAGCUGCAGAUACACUGGCCAUUUACAGCAUCAGUGAGCAGUCGCAGCUGGAUGGGCGGGGCCUCCAGGAGCUGUGCCCCACCAUGCUGCAGCAGCUGGAUGCUGGCACCUGCAGGGCGCAAAAAGAGGAGGAGUCAAGCAUUGGCCCCAGGCCAACGGACGCCGAAGUGUGGGGUUAUGGGAUCCUGUGUGUGACACUGAUCUCUCUGUGUUCGCUGGUCGGGGCGAGCGUGGUGCCCUUCAUGAGGAAAACCUUUUACAAGCGGCUGCUGCUCUUCUUCAUAGCCCUGGCCAUUGGCACGCUCUACUCCAACGCGCUGUUUCAGCUCAUCCCAGAGGCCUUUGGUUUUAACCCCAUGGUGGAUAACUACGUGUCCAAAUCAGCCGUGGUCUUCGCUGGCUUUUACCUCUUCUUUUUCACUGAAAAGGUCCUCAGAGUGCUUCUCAAACAGAAAAAUGGGGGCCAGGGCCACGGCCACAGUCAUUACCCGAGCGCAGAUCAUUACUCGACCCCUGACGGGGAUGUGGAGGGCGAAAAGGAGAAACUGCAGCAGAACGGAGAGGCCAGCAGUCUGGCCCUGGGCAAAGUGGACGCAGGGGAGGGGGAGCUCAUGCUCAGCCCCGCACAGACACCACAGGACUCCCAGAGCCCAGAAAGUGGGGGUCGGUCCCGCAGUGGCAGGGGCUGCUAUUGGCUGAAGGGGGUCGCCUACUCCGACAUCGGCACGCUGGCCUGGAUGAUCACAUUGAGCGACGGCCUGCACAACUUCAUCGACGGCUUGGCCAUCGGCGCCUCCUUCACUUCCUCCGUCUUUCAAGGCGUCAGCACCUCCGUGGCCAUCCUGUGUGAGGAGUUCCCCCACGAGCUCGGUGAGUCU